AUGUAGAGCCCUCCUAAUCCAGAAAAAUUAGGUAAGUAUUUUAAAAUAUAAGAUAAGAAAUAAAUUCCUUAGAAAUAAUGACAUUAAAAGAUGUAUAAUAAAAUAAUGGGUAAGAUGGAAAAAAAAUAUUUGUCGCAAUUAAGAAUAUUGUAUUUGAUGUAUCAGAUUCAGGUAAUCAAAAUGAUUUAAAUCAGAUAGUUAUAAGUCUGAUGGUCCUUAUGGAGUUUUUGCUGGACAUGACAUUUCGAUAUCAUUAGGAAAAAUGAAUAUUUCAGAGGAAUUUUUAGAUUAAUAUGGCAUUGUUACAGAGUCAGAAGAUGAAAUAGCUAAUAUAAAUAGUUGGUUUAGCUAUUUUUAUUAAAGAUAUCCAGUGAUAGGGAGAAUAGAUGAUAAAAAAUAAAAUUGA